UGUGAGGUGCAUACUCGGUAGUAAUGGAGGCGCUGAGGGCAGUGGCGGGGCUCCUGCUGGCGCUGUGCCUGCUGGCCUUCGGCCUGUACUGCUGCUAUGUGAAAUACAUCCACAUGAAGUACGACCACAUCCCCAGCGGCCCGCGGGCGAGCUUUUUAUUUGGACAUCUGCCAAUCUUAUGGAGAAUGCUGAGGAAAGAGGAGGUGGUGCAUGAUUUCUUCCUACAGUGGGCAGAGAAAUAUGGACCUGUUGUACGGCUUAAUGCCUUUCACAGAGUCUCAGUAAUGGUUCUGAGUCCUGAAGGAGUGAAGGAGUUCUUGAUGUCACCACAGUACCCAAAGGAUCGGUUCGUAUAUGGUCGUAUCUUCAACAUAUUUGGUGAGAGGUUCCUAGGGAAUGGCUUGGUAACUGUUUGCAACCAUGAGCAUUGGCACAAGCAGCGGAAGAUAAUGGAUCCAGCUUUCAGCCGAACCUACCUGAUGGGUCUGAUGGAAACUUUUAAUGAAAAAGCAGAGGAGCUGAUGGAGAAGCUAGAGGAAAAGGCAGAUGGAAAUAAAGAGUUUAGCAUGCUGACGAUGAUGAACCGGGUGACUAUGGAUGUCAUUGCAAAGGUAGCCUUUGGCUUGGAAUUAAAUGCACUGAGCGAUGACCAGACACCUUUCCCGCAUGCUGUGACCAUGGUUUUGGAGGGAAUGACCAAGAUGCGUAUCCCCUUCUUGCGGUACAUGCCAGGGAAACGGAAGCUGGUAAAGGAGGUCCAGGAAAGUGUGAGGCUGCUGCGGCGUGUGGGGAAGGAGUGCCUUGACCAGAGGAGAGAGGCCAUCCGGAGUGGGAAGGGAGACACACUGGAUAUUCUUACGCAGAUACUGAAAGGAGAUGCUCUGGAGGAAACUAGAGAUGAUGAAAAUAUUCUGGAUAACUUUAUCACUUUCUUUGUUGCAGGUCAUGAAACCACUGCCAAUCAGUUGUCAUUUACUGUAAUGGCACUGGCUCAGCAUCCUGAAAUACUGAAAAGGCUUCAGGCCGAAGUGGAUGAUGUUCUUGGUGCUAAGAGAGACCUUGACUAUGAGGAUCUUGGCAAACUCACCUACUUAUCUCAGGUUUUGAAGGAAUCGCUGCGGCUGUACCCACCCGUCCCAGGGACAGUGCGCUGGACAGACAAGGAGCAUGUCAUCGAUGGCAUCAGGAUUCCUGCAAAAACAACUCUCUUUUUCAGCACUUACAUAAUGGGAAGGAUGGAAAAGUAUUUCAAGGAUCCACUCACUUUCAAUCCAGACCGAUUUAGCAAAGAUGCACCUAAGCCAUAUUAUUGCUAUUUUCCAUUCUCUCUGGGACCCCGGUCCUGCAUCGGGCAGGCUUUUGCACAGAUGGAGGCGAAAGUGGUGAUGGCAAAACUGCUGCAGAGGUUUGAAUUCGAGCUGGUACCAGGGCAGAGUUUUAAACUCUUGGAUGCUGGAACCUUGAGGCCACUAGAUGGAGUAAUGUGUAAAUUAAAGCCAAGGAGUGUUGAAAGAAGCUGCCAGGAGUGACUACUCGGGGAGGGAAGCAUGACAUGGUCAUGUUAAUAUAUGUUCUAAUUUUGAAGAUCUUCACACUAAUCAAAGAUUAGAUUUUUCAGGCACCUUCAGAGGGUUACUGGACUGAAAUUUUUCUUAGCCUUCCUCAUAAUUUACUGAAGAAAAAUGUAGGAGUCACUCUAAUGAGCAUCUUCAGUCUGGAAGUGUACCGGGAACUGCAAAGCCUGUUAUUUUCUUGGGGGGCUAUUUGGUUCUGACCAGUUUUGGAAAAGAAUGUCCUUUCACUGGAGUAUCUCUGGAACUCCACAAAAACCUGCACUCAAAUCCCAGCUGACAGUUUCCACUAAGCUUCCUUACAACACAACAUGGUCUAAGUAAGCCCUUGGUGGGGAGUUUCCUACUUACACAGUGAAAUUGGAAAAUUUUGUAGAGCACAAGAUUUGGGCUGAACUUGGGAAGAAAAGCUUGGAGAUAUGCUCUUGGUGAAAGCAAUUUUCCCAUCCCUACUGUAAAUGAGAAGAACAAUUAAUAGGAGCAAUCUGAAAUGAAAAUCAGAAACUGAUGGGACUACUUUCCCUGUUGCUAUUGCCUCAUUUUUAUUCAGUCUCUCCUACCUUUCUUCCAGUAUCAUUAAGAGCAUAGAUUCCCAGUCCAUGCUGCCAAAGGGUGCUCUUCUGCUUCCUCCCCACAGCUUGUUCUCAUUCUCAUGAGACACUGUUCCUUUUUAUGGGGGCCCUUGCUGGGUAUAUUUUAACCUGGACCAUUUUCCCUGUCUGAUUUACCGUGAAGGUACACCAGGACUUGGAUGAGAUGGUUUAGUAGGUGCUGCAGGGUUGCUGGUAAGUGCCUGUAGCCAAAUGCUGCUUAAAGAGAUGUUGCUGCUGAGGUGUGUCUAUAACUUGAGCCACAGGCAGGAAAAGGCCCUGCACCCCCUUCUGCCAGUGUGCCAAAAUUGCCCACUGCAUGUAGGCUUGCAGCCUAGUUCUGCUAGGGAAAAAAAGUAUCAUGUGAAAUUGCCACUUCCCAUAAAUAUGUGGAUGCCUCAUAUGAGUUUGGGCCUCAUCUAUCAUGAAAUACAGUAAAUUCAAGGCAUUUGAUGCCGCCAUUGUUGUUUCUUACCUUUUUGAAUUGAAAGGGCAAGAACACAGUCGGUACACUGUCAAGUUUCCGUACCAGGAGUGUAACAUGAAAGAGCUUUCCCUGUUGUACACCAUUUCAUUCAGUGCAGCAGUGGGAUAGGAGGCCAAGAAGGGUGAUGUGGUUUUUGGUAAUACAAGCAGUGUCAUAUAAUGUACUGAUUUACACCCUGCAGUACCAAUAGCUAUAUUGCUAGUGAAGGUUUAGUACAUCUAUUAGUAGACCAGCUCUUCAAGCCCUUGUGCUGGACAUACUCUUGUAUCCUUCUAGACAUUAAUAAAAAUGUCAUUGGAAAACCUGA